AUGGCCGGGGAUGAACUCGACCCUCAGGGCAGCUCAUGGAAGCUCAUUAGUGGUGGAAAGCUGGCAUCAAGAAUGAUAAGCUGUUCCUCACUUACCUCUUGGGCUGUCAAACACGCAUCAACACCCAACCGCGAGUACGCAGCGAGCGGCGAGAAAGAAUGCAUCGACGCCCAGUGCUGA